CCCUGCUUCGCUGCCAUGAACUAAAUACAAAAAGGAAAGGACGAAUCACAAAACACAGCAAGAGGUGACGACAUGAAAUGAUUCACAAUCAACCAUUUCAAUGGCAUUGAAUCGAUCGUUGAUCUGAAUUGAAUUCAAUAGGGUACACUCAAUUGCAAUUUGGAAUUCACAGUAAGUGAAGACUGAAGAGUAUUAACCAUUCAAGAGAAUUUCCAGAAAAGGGUGUGGGAGACAGCGAUUGAAGUCAUGUGGACUAAUGGGUUUUGGAGGAGAGUGGUAGAAGAGAAUCCUCAUAAGUUUCUUCCAAUCCACGGAGUCCAUUGAACAGGGGAUGACAUUUUCCCGAAUCUUCUUUUUCUCUUGUUUGACCUCUUCAAUCGUCUCCGUCGUUUGCUUUUAUUGAAAAAUCUACUCUGCUUUUUAUUUCAUCCAAACUGCCUUUAAGCUUCUAAAUUACACACUCAGAAUUACAGACCAGAGGAAGUGAUUAUCGAAUUGAAUCGAGAUGGCUCUAAUUACUUGGCUUCUUGAAUCUUCUACUGCUUCUUCCUGUUUCUGGUAUUCUUAAGUGGAUUCUUAUGACGCCGGGAACCGGCACGGGCUCCGAUCCCAACGGCUGGAGUCGGGCCCGGGGUUUAGUUCUGAAAACGUUAGUAUUGAUUGGAGGUGCGUUUCUGCUCAAGAGAGUAACCAAGUCUACCACUCGAUGGGAUCAUACCCGAAUUGUCGCCGAAUCACUCAGCGGUGAGAAGUUCUCUCGAGACCAAGCUUCCAGUGAUCCGGAUAAUUACUUCAAUUUGAGAAUGCUUACUUGCCCAGCAGCAGAGAUGGUGGACGGUUCAAAGGUCCUAUAUUUUGAACAAGCAUUUUGGAGAACUCCUCAGAAGCCUUUUCGGCAGAGAUUUUAUAUGGUGAAGCCUUGUCCAAAAGAGAUGAAAUGUGACGUCGAGCUUAGCUCAUAUGCAAUUAGAGAUGCAGAGGAGUACAAAAACUUCUGCGACCGGCCGAAGGGCCAACGCCCACUGCCUGAAGAAGUUAUUGGGGACAUCGCUGAACAUUUGACAACUAUUUAUCUCAAGCGUUGUGAACGUGGAAAGCGCUGUUUAUACGAGGGUUCAACCCCACCAGGUGGCUUCCCUAAUUCAUGGAAUGGUGCGACGUACUGUACAUCUGAGCUUUCAGUCUUGAAGAACGGAAAAAUACACUCUUGGGACAGGGGCUAUGAUGAUGAUGGAAAUCAAGUUUGGGGAGUGAAGGGAGGCCCAUACGAGUUCAAACCUGCACCUUCAUCUAGUUUCAACGAUAUGUAUUCUCUAGAUAUCUCUUCCCAAGUUUCCAUGGAGCAAAGGAUAGAGGGUUCAUUUGCCCUGCAAGAAUGAUAACUUUUAGAUGAUAUUUGCUAUGUAAAUUUUAAGUAUUCUUUAAGAUAUUGAUAAUAAUUAUAAUAAGGAAAAUUUACCACGCCA